AGCCCCGCAUGCAUUGAUGAAGUUGACCAUAUGAGCUCGGGUUCCUCCCACCGUUCUGUCUUGGGUCUAAUCCGCCCACAUGUAUCGUCUGAGGGAGGGUAAAAAAAUAAAUAAAUAAAAAAUCGUGCAGGAGGUGACGCUCCUCUGAAGGAACACAGAGAGGGACAAGGCAAAGGGAGCUGGGCUGCAUCUCCAUUGAAAUAUUUGGAAAGAAACGAGACAGACAGAGAAAUGGUAGCGGGGUGUAAUUUAUUUAGGUCCAGGCAAUAACACAAAAAGGUGACAGAUUAAAAAAAAAAAGAGCGAGAGAAAGCGAGGCAGUUCUCAGGGUGUUUUUUUUCCUGCUUCAUUUUCAUCUAAGUAACCAAUCUGCAUUUUCCCUCUCCUCCAUUCACUAAAUCGCGACAGAAAAAAAAAACCACCCCAACUCCCCCCGCAAAAUGAAUCAUCUGACUGGAGCGACUGGAUACAGUGUGAAAUCCUCCAAUAACAAAAGAAAACUACGCGCUGAUUGAUCCUUUUGGCUUUUUUUAUUUCCGGGUUUGGCGCACGGAACCUGCACGAGCCGAACUCCAGCUCCCUCCUCCCUCCGGUUGCUCUCAUCUCCCUCCUCCUCCUCCUCCUCCUCCUCCUCCUCCCUCCUCCCCCACCCCCGGUCCUCUAUGCUCAGUUCGGUGUGUGUAUCCUCUUUCAAAGGGCGCAAGGGUGGGAACAAGUCGUCCAACAAAGCAUGUUACAGCGCAGACAUGACUUGUCCGUCGGAAAGCGAGAAAAUCGUGAUAAACUGCGGCGGGGUGCGCCAUGAGACGUACCGGAGCACCCUGAAGACCUUGCCCGGUACGCGCUUGUCGUGGCUGACCGAGCCGGAUGCCUUCAGCAACUUUGACUACGACCCCAAAUUGGAUGAGUUCUUCUUCGACCGCCACCCGUCCGUUUUCUCCUUCAUCCUCAACUACUACCGCACGGGUAAGCUGCAUUGUCCCAACGAUGUCUGCGGCCCCCUCUUCGAGGAGGAGCUAGCCUUCUGGGGCAUCGACGAGACGGACGUGGAGGCGUGCUGCUGGAUGAACUACCGCCAGCACCGUGACGCAGAGGAGGCGCUGGACAGCUUUGAGACACCCGAGCCCGACGCGCCCGACGACGACCCGGCCCUGGGGGGCGCCGAUGGGGACCUGAAAAGAUUGUGCAUGCAGGAGGAUGCCAGGAGGGCGGGCUGGUGGAAAACCUGGCAGCCCAAGAUCUGGGCGCUCUUCGAGGACCCCUACUCGUCCAAAUACGCUCGGUAUGUGGCGUUUGGCUCCCUCUUCUUCAUCCUCAUCUCCAUCUCCACUUUCUGCAUGGAGACGCAUGAGGCCUUCAACACCAUCCUCAACAAGACGGAGAACGUGACGGUGGGCAACCAGACCCGCGAGGAGAUCGUCUACGAGGUGGUGACCGACAGCUGGCUGACGUACGUGGAGGGCGUGUGCGUCAUCUGGUUCACCAUCGAGGUGCUCCUGCGAGUCAUCUUCUGCCCCGACAAAGUGGAGUUCUUCAAAAGCACCCUCAAUAUCAUCGACUUUGUGGCCAUCCUGCCCUUCUAUCUGGAGGUGGGCUUGAGCGGCCUCUCCUCCAAAGCCGCCAAGGACGUCCUGGGGUUCCUCCGCGUGGUGCGCUUUGUCCGCAUCCUCCGGAUCUUCAAGCUGACCCGCCACUUUGUGGGUCUGCGAGUGCUCGGCCACACCCUCCGCGCUAGCACCAACGAAUUCCUCCUGCUCAUCAUCUUCUUAGCGCUGGGCGUCCUCAUCUUCGCCACCAUGAUUUACUACGCGGAGAGGAUCGGAGCCCACCCGGACGACCCGGCGGCCAACGCCCACACUAACUUCAAGAACAUCCCCAUCGGUUUCUGGUGGGCCGUGGUGACCAUGACCACGCUGGGCUACGGAGACAUGUACCCGGAGACGUGGUCGGGGAUGCUGGUGGGGGCUCUGUGCGCCUUGGCCGGCGUGCUGACCAUCGCUAUGCCCGUCCCCGUCAUCGUCAACAACUUCGGCAUGUACUACUCGCUGGCCAUGGCCAAACAAAAGUUGCCCAAAAAGAAGAACAAACAUAUUCCCAGAGCGCCUCAACCGGGGUCUCCCAACUACUGCAAACCGGACGCUCUGGCCAUGGCGACUGCCUCGCCGCAGAGGCUCUUGGGAAAUGUCCUAGGUGGAGUCAUGGGAUCUGGAGGCCUCGGAGGCGACUGUCCUCUCGCCCAAGAAGAAAUUAUAGAGAUCAACAGAGAUUCCAAACAGAACGGCGAUGCUGCCUCGGCCGCGCUGGCCAACGAAGACUGCCCCACCAUCGACCAGGUGCUCAGCCCUGAUGAGAGGAGCCCAAUAGGGCGGGGUCCCACUCGGGAACGCUACCAACAGGACCGGGCCUGCUUCUUGCUCAACACCAGGGAAUUCCGAGCCACGGAUGGGAAUGUGCGGAAAGAGGCAGCAGCCCUGGCACCCAGCCCAGACUCCCCUCUGACUGAGGAUUGGUAUAAGAUGGAAGGGUCUCUGUUACAGCAGGACCUCAAUGCAAACUCCACCUCCUCCUGGAUCAAACCAUAGACCAGAGGCCACCACUGCAGUGCAAGUGUAUCUUAAAGUCCGACUAGUGUUAAGUUUCUAGCGUUGGCCUUCUCUCUGUAACGAGGAGUCAUUAAGCGGUUAACACAUAUUUGCGGCGGGAGCCACGUAGGCGGCGAGCGUGACGUGGAUGGACGUUUUAAAGGAGAUGCUCGGGGGUCACGAGAGCGAAAAAGAAAGAGAGGGGAGAGGCCUCACGUUUAAUCAUGAAUUCCCAAAAUUCACACCGUCUGCUCCUGCUCACGUCGUUACCAAAGUAGCCUCGGAACUCCGACCACCACUUUUUUUUUUUUGUGUGACCCUCAACCUUUUUUGGGCCAAUUGACUGAACAUUGCACUGACACACUUUGGGAGGAAAAUCAAAAAGGACACAUUCCAGAUGACAUCACCAUCAACAUGUUUCCAGAAAAAAAAAAAAAAGGAAAACUUUGUCUUCACAAGGGACUGAAUGAACAAUGUAGCAUCUCUGCUAACACCGUAGCAUCUGUUGGCCGGGACACGACUUGACCUUGGAUUUAUGCAGAGUCGAGGUCACGGCUCUCCUGACAUCCGUUCCAGUGAAGAAGUAAAACACCCCAACAGUACAUGAGAGACGGGUCUUAACCUUCAAGGAAAAUCCCAAUGACCCGCAUAAAGAUCAAGUUUAGCGCCCGUCUCUGAAACUUAGUCUUCCAUUCAACUUCUAUAAAACGCGAUCAUUUAAAAGCUACGACGUCAAAACGAAGCACAUGUAGCAUUGACGCGGUUUGACCUUCAGCCUGCCCUACAAGACUUUUUUUUUUUUUUUUUCUCUCAUGUACUGCAAAGGGGGGAAAGGAGGGGGUCAAAUCCAGAAGGGGAGGGGAGGAUCUCGCUGAAUGACCUUCCGCGAUGUCAUCAAGAUUAACUGAAACGAGCCCACUUGGGUUUGAACUGCCACUUGCAUCCAUGAAGCACAUUGAAGCAAAAUUAGAGCGGAAAAUAAACUCAAGGAGAGCGGGAGCUCGGGACCACUCUUGUCAGUCUUUGGUCCAAUCCAAUCUGCUUCAUUUGUAAUGAAGAGGUGAAUGGACAGCCCCCCCCACCCCCGCCCCAAGGACACUUUUGCAAAAAGGAUUCAAUUGAAAGGGACCAAUCAGAUUAAUAGCCCCCCCCCCCGUCCCCGCACCCCAGCACGCACAAAGGCCUACACUGCCAACGAGGCACAAGAACCCCCCCAGAUGAAUACUGCCCAAAAUGUCUCGUCGGCAUCUCUUGCUGCCCCGGCGGGCCGCUUGACAGGCGAGUCGAUGUCACGGCGAGGACGGCCCCGGCAGGCGGAGCCAUCAAGGAGCAGAAGCGGACCAAAUAUAGUGCAAGUGUACAAAAAAAAAGAGAGAACAAAUAUAUAUUUUGAUAAAACAAAUCUAAGUAUGGCUAAGAUGGUCCAGGAUGGAGAAUAUCAGAUGCAAAAUGUGAAAAUUUGCCAUAAAAAAAAAAAAGUCCACGGGGGAAAAAAAAUAACAAGGUUGGCAGACUUCAAAUGGACUCAUGCACUGAGUGGAAAAACAGCAAAGACAUCGAGGUACAAUGGAUGCCCCCCCCCUCCCCUUCAACAAAUGAGGGGAAGGGGGGGGGGGGGCGUGGUGGUGAUGCAUUUUUGUAACUUUGUUUACCAGCAUGACUACUUUGCAUGACUGUCUUUUCUGCAAACCCUUAGUUGAAGACAAGGGUGCUAGAGAUACAAAAACAUAUAUAUAAAAUGAAUUUAAAAAAAAAAUGUUAUAUGCAAUUCAUGUUUAAAAAAAAAAAAAAAAAAGAUUCUAAUGAAAGAGAAGAUAUAUUUUGUUUGGAAAAGUUGAAAAAAAAUGUGAAUAUUGAAACAUGUAUGUUUGCAAGGUUACACCCUGAGCUACGUUUUGUUGGAUGAAAUCUCUGCUUCUACUGCCCUACUUUCCUCAUUCCACGAACAUAGUUUGACUAUUUUUAACACGCUAUAUUUUGCUAACAUCUCAUCAAGCGUCGCCAUUAUCAUCACCCGAGACUUUGCCGAACCGUUAGCUUGCGCGCAAGAGUCGAACCGUUUGCACAACGACCGUAGCAGCAACUAAAAAAAAAACAACAUAAAAAAAAGAAAAAAGCUCUCUGUACUUUGACUGCUUGAGUAACACUCAUAGUUUUGUUUUUUCUUUGGCAAUAAUACGAAGAGGAGUCGACUGUAGCAGGGAAAACCAAACGGAGUAGCUUUCGGGUCUCGGUUCUGUUCCACUUAACGGAAAGAUAACAAAGGAUGGAUAUGCAGUGGUCAGGCCAAACCAAUUUGGAACGCUGGUCAAACUUUUUUUUUUCUGAGCGUUUACAUUCAUACUUUUUUUUUUGGCCUUUCCAUGAUCAACUUUCUUAAUGUAGGGAGGAAAAAAAAAAAUUGCAUGCUGAUAAUCUUAAAGCGGGUGAGGAAGCGGACAGCAUUUUGACAUCGCCUCUGUUAAUCAUGAAUCCUAAAAAAAAAAAAAACAAUGACCACUGUGCUGUGUCGUAGAGCAGAAACGUCGUCUUCCUCCCAGAGGCAAAUGGCAACACACUCGGAGUGUGUAAAGGUAGCUUGUCUUACGUUGUAUUUUUUUUUUUUGACAGUCUUGCAUCAUCUUGACACAUCAUCAAACGAGACCCAGAGCUUCCAAAAAAAAAAAAUGAUGUCAGUCACGUGGCGAAGAUACGAGAUCCCAGUGCCCACCGAGGAAAAGCUGUUGUGUUAUUGAUUUGUGACCAAAUCCUUCUUCCAUUCAAGCCCUGCUGGUUCAGGGCCGCUGAAGGUUUCUUCUUUGCAUUCCCGUAGUGUCGCGACUUGGAGAGCUGGCCGGUGUGUGACACUCACAAGUGUUCACGUAGAUCUCUACGCUGGCCUUACAGGGUCUGAGUGCAACCCAAAAAAAAAAAAAAAAAAAGCGGUGUCCCAUAUGUGUCACUCAUUGUUAUUGUUUGUGUUUUUUUUUUACAGUUUCCAUCUCAAAAGACAGUUAUAGCCGCCGGGGUCAAAGAGGUCAGAGGUCAAAACGGUGCAUGCAGAAACUCGUCACCCAGGUGUGUUUGUUUCAGGUCGAGAAUUGUAUUUAAUCAUAUCUCAUCUGUUCGCAUCAAAUUUAUGGGCUAUUUUUUUUCCAUGUAUGCUUUACAAUAUUAAGUUUCGAAUUUAAAAAACAAUCAAUCCGAUUAAUUUGUGUUUUUGUCAGGUGCUUGUUUAAAUAGUUUUUUUGUUCAUUUGAAAACACCGUAUGCAAUCUGCACCAGGAAUGCCACUGAUUGACACUUACUGUAAUGCUCUCUAGGGCGCAGAUAUUUUUUGGACUGUGUGUCUUGGCAAAAAAAUGAUUUGACAUUAUAAAGCGUGCGGAGUAAUCCAUCGGUUUUUCUAUCACACGCCGCCGCGCACGGGAUAUUGCAGAGUGACGUCACGCAUUCCCCAUAAGCGUUCCAAAGAUAAAAAGAUGUACUGGAGAGGAAUAGGAAGACGAGGUGGUCACUGAGGUAUCCGGAUUUUAUUUUUUCAAACGCCGUAACGCAUCGAGAACUGUAUACAGUAUAUUUCAACGGAAUGUUCAUGAUGGAUCUUUUUAUAUUUUCAAGAGCGGGAUAGAGAGAGAGAGCGAAAAUAGAAACAUAUCAAUAAAAGUGUCAUAACAUAUUUCUACUACUGAGACUUAAAAAUGUAUGAAUGUCAAUGCGAACUAAUGUGAAAUCAAUCUCCUUGAAUGAAUUAACUGGUUAUAAAUCAUGAGAUGCUUUUCUUUUUUUUUUCUUUCUUUUUUUUUUUUCCAGAGACGUUGAAAAUUGCUUCAAAUCAUUGAGAAGAACUUAAAUAAAUGGGGAAAAUUCA